AUGUCUCUUGGUUCCUCCCAACUCAACGGUGCAUCGGCGCCAAAACAACGGCUCGAUGCAUCCAAACUCAAGUUCACACAGUCCACAGUCCUUCAUCCAGUUCCUGAGCCUGGAUCUCCAGAACUGUGGGCACAGAAUGUGCACACCGACCACAUGAUGACAUGCCGCUGGACUGCCGAGAAAGGCUGGGACGUGCCAGAGCUCAAACCAUUUGCCGACUUUAGCAUCUCUCCCCUCGCUUCUUGCAUUCAUUAUGCGACUCAAUGUUUCGAGGGCAUGAAGGUAUAUCGAGGGUUCGACAACCGUGUCAGACUCUUCCGACCGGAUCGAAACGCGAAGCGCUUGGUCAUGAGCGCAAAAAGAGUGUCCCUUCCCGAGUUUGAUGAUGCGGAGCUUGUGGAAUUGAUCAAGGCACUGGUUCGCACGGAUGCAAAGAGGUGGCUUGCGGAACCCGGAAGCUUUCGCUACGUCCGGCCUGCAUUGAUAGGAACCGGGCGUCAGUUGGGCGUUCAGAUCCCUAGAGAAGCAGUUCUAUUCGUUGUCAUGGUUUGCUGGCCCGACUUUUCCACCGAUAGUCCACCUGGUGUCACGCCUAGAUCUGAUCUGCGUCUACUCACAUCAAGGAAUGAUACCAUCCGAGCCUGGCCUGGUGGCUUCGGCUACGCCAAAGUCGGUGCCAACUACGGCCCCAGUUUCGCCUCUCAUUGCGAGGCACAAGAAUCAGGCUAUGACCAAAUUUUGUGGCUCUUUGGAGAUGAUGGCCAAGUUACGGAAGCAGGCGCCAGUAACUUUUUUGCUGUGGUCAAGGAUGAACGCACCUCGAAACUGCAGCUUCUCACUGCGCCUUUGGAUGACAAACUCAUCCUUGACGGUGUUACUAGACGAUCUGUUCUGGAACUGGUUGAAAGCAGACUGACGGACGAAUUGAUGGUGAAGGAGGCAAAGUUCACCAUGUCAGAUCUCGAAAAGGCCUGGAAAGAGGGUCGUCUUCUUGAGGCGUUCGUAUCGGGCACAGCUUUCUUUAUCAAGGAUGUGUCGACCAUCCGCGUGGGUAAUCGUAAUCUCGACUUGACACAGAAUAAUGAUGGUACUGGCAAAUUUGGGCCACGAAUCAAAGGUUGGUUGAAGGAUAUCAUGUUUGGGGUUGAAGAGAACAAAUGGGGCGUGGUUGUUUAA